AUGAGUCGACCAACCGAGCCCGAAAUCGUUGCGGCGAUCACCUCGUUCAGGCAGCACAUCGUCGAACACAACAAGCAAAUCUUUGCCAAGAUCAUCCAUGAAGCCGGGACGGCAGAAGCACCCGCUAGCUGGCCCGAGGAAGUCGUCGCCAGAGCCCGACGCAACUUUAUGCUUCACCAGCUCUGUGUCUCCCGCCCCGAUGCGCUAGCCGCGGACGACCCUCGGCGUAUCCGGGAGCCGCGCGACGUUCUAAACCGGUGGGAUGAUCUCGUGGCCAUUCCAGAGCUCGCGCUCGAUGGCACUGUCGUGGAGCACGACGAAGCCCAGCGCGCCAUCCUACGUGAGCAGUACCGUGCUGGGAUUGUCGCCGGACUAAAACAGCAAGACGACGAUACGCCACCUUUCCCUGCCGACUUUGCCGUGCUUAUGCACCACGUGGACCGGCUCGAGGGUCCCGGCUGGCCCCUGUGGCGCGAGAACGGGCAGCAGGUGCGGUUCUGGGACGGGCUGGGCGAAGGCGAGGAGGCCGCGGUCCAGCGCGUCUGGACCGACCUCGACAAGCUCAAGACUAAGGCGGGGGAGGAGAGCUGGGAGGUGCGCGCGGGCUGGGAGUGCGGCGCCGGCCCGGACGCGUACUGCUUUAUCAUCUACUUCCGCGACCCGGACUCAGACGACAAGCGCAGGCGGUCUUGGGCUUGGCGUUACGUGAUGCGAUUUGAUGUGAGUGUCUGGGCUUUUGAGAAUGUCGUCGAGCUGCUGGCCUGGUACACGACUUGGUGGGAGCCUACUCUGGAGGACGCUGAUUUCGCUGGUGGGCCUUUUCAUUAA